AACUUUUUACAAAAAAGUUUAAUAUAACAAAAAAGCUUUUUAAUAUACUACCCUUUUGCUGUGGGAAAAAAUACAUUUAAAGAAAAAUAAUUUUUAAAAAUAUAAUGCGAGCAAUAAUUUUGAUAUGUUUAUUUAAUGUAGAAAAUGAAUAUUUUUAUAAUUUUCUUUUCCAUACUUUGGAAACUUGCUAUAAUUGCUUUAGAUUUUUAUUGUAAAUCUGCGGGUUAAAGUUUGCUGCGCGAUUGCGUAAUGAGAAAUACAAAGAAUUUUGCAACAACUUCGUCAGAAUAAAGAUAUGAAUUAUAAAUCAUUGGCCGCACACAAUGCCGCUUGUAACGAUAUAUUUCGUCGAUUUCAGGAUUGCGAGAACGAACAUCCAUUUCGAAGAUUUUUGGGCUAUUGCGAGUUAAUUCAACGAGAGAUGAACAAAUGCAUAAGGGAGCAAAGAGAAAUUCGUAGAACAGAAAGCGCUCGGUUCCGACGUAAGAGGUUAGAAAUAGAGAUAGAACCGGCACCGAAGGAAAAGUAAUCGGGUGCACAAUUGACUGAUAAUUCGAUUAUUCAAGGACUAUUGAAUUUUUGUAUUGUUGCGUGUUGUAUUUAUAGAUUAAAUCUUAUUGGUUUGUACAUAUAAUCUAAAAGUUUAGAAUUAAACAUGAAUCUGAUAUCGGAGGUUGAUGAACCAGAAACCAAACGAUUGAAGUCUGAAAACGAUAAUAGAAAGAGACCAUGCGAUCAAGAGGAAGAAGGCAGUUGCUAUCCAACUCGGGAAGAAAGCAACAUACAGGAAGAUAUUCCUGAUGCGAGAGAAAUUUCUCCUUCACAGGAGGAAGAGCGUGAGGGAUUAGUAAACAGCGAUAAUGAAGUGACUAUUGACAGCGACGACGAGUCGUUUACAUUUCCUCUCGAUCAGAAUAUUUCCAAUAUGUUGGAUGAGGUGGAAUAUAACGGUUAUUUUCCCACUGUUACUGAUCGCUACUUUACUCCCUAUUACAAAGUGAACGUACAAUCGCAAACCGGUAAUGAUAUGUGCAUAUGGAUCCACAGUAAUCGCAUUUGUAUGCUAUCCUUGGCACCUAGUCACAUUAUUUUGCAAGCCAAUAAAAGUAUAAAUAAGGUGGACUUUAAGAUCAGCGACAAACUGGACAGAUCCCUGAACAAAGUCUCAGGGAAGGGUAAGCAUGGUGCACAACCGUUGCAGACCAACUCGAAUAUUUGCACCAUUUCGUGCACAGAUGGGCAGGCGUAUGUCAUUAAGUGCUGUAUGAUAGGAAAAUUGGUGGAAGUUAACGAGGCAUUGUUGGAAGAUCCGCAGCUUCUUAAAGAAUUACCACAUAAAGGUGGAUACUUGGCUAUAAUAUUGCCAAAUAUAAAACUCUUGGAAAGUUUGAAACAGUCCCUGUUGACUUAUGAUCAAUAUAUCGAACUUGUUAAGAAAAAAGAAGAACAGUAACACAGAAAUACACAUAGAAUAAAGAAAAUUUUAAUUUAUGUUUGA